AGAGAGAGAGAGAGAGAGAGAGAGAGAGAGAGAGAGAGAGAGAGAGAGAGAGAGAGAGAGAGAGAUGGGUUAUCCUCAAGCAAGAGAGAAGCCUCAUGUAGUAUGCAUCCCAUACCCAGCACAGGGCCACAUAAAUCCCAUGCUCAAACUAGCCAAGCUCCUUCACCACAGGGGCUUCCACAUCACCUUCGUCAACACCGAACACAUCCACAAGGGCUUGCUCCGGUCGUGGGGGCCCCACUCCCUUGACGGACUGCCCCGUUUCCGCUUCGACACGAUCGCCGACGGCCUCCCGCCUUCAGACGACUCCACCCAGGACAUCCCCUCCCUCUGUGCUUCCCUAUCCGAACACGGGCUAUCGCCAUUCAAGAGUCUUCUCAUCAAGCUCCAAGAACAGUCCGAAGAUGGUGUCGUGCCUCCGGUCACGUGUAUCGUGUCCGACGGUGUGAUGACGCUCACUAUGGAUGCCGCCGAGGAGUUGAAGAUUCCUGAAGUUGUGUUUUGGACGCCCAGUGCUUGCGGGCUGCUUGGUUACGCUAGGUAUCGUCGUCUUGUCGAGGAUGGUUUUACGCCCAUGAAAGGUACGCACUACUUGUCGAAUGGAUAUCUGGAGACCACAGUAAGCUGGACUUCAGGGAUGAAAAGCAUUCGCCUGAGAGACUUCCCCAGCUUCAUCCGAACCCUAGAUCGCCAAGACAUCAUGCUCAAUUACCUCAUCCAAGAAGCCGAGAGAUCUUCCAGGGCUUCAGCAGUCAUCCUCAACACCUUCGACACCCUCGAACACGACGUCCUGGAGGCUCUCUCCUCCGUCUUUCCCCGCAUCUACACCAUCGGGCCACUCCAGCUUCUUGCAGACCAGAUCCAAGACGAAGCCCUGAGCUUGGUAGGGGGGAACUUAUGGAGAGAGGAGCCCAGGUGCUUGCCAUGGCUUGACUCGAAGGAGCCCGGCUCGGUGGUGUACGUGAACUUCGGCAGCAUCACGGUCAUGACAGUGGGCCAGCUGAUCGAGUUCGCAUGGGGACUGUCUAACAGCCAGAAGCCGUUCCUGUGGAUCAUAAGGCCAGACCUCGUGGCGGGCGAGUCGGCCAUGUUGCCACCCGAGUUUGUGGAAGAAAUCGCAGACCGAGGGAUGCUGGUGAGCUGGUGCUGGCAGGAGGAGGUCCUGAAGCACUGGGCGAUUGGGGGUUUCCUGACGCAUAGCGGGUGGAACUCGACACUCGAGAGCCUUUGUGGCGGCAUGCCGGUGAUAUGCUGGGCGCCGUUUUUCGCAGAGCAGCAGACUAACUGCCGGUAUAGCUGCACGGAGUGGGGGAUUGGGAUGGAGAUCGACAAUGACGUGAAGAGGGACGAAGUGGAAGGUUUGGUGAGGGAGCUGACGGAGGGAGAGAAGGGGAAGGAGAUGAGGAAGAAGGCCAUGGAGUGGAAGGCGAAGGCCAAGGAAGCAAUUAUGCCCGGUGGGUCUUCGUACAACAACGUGGACAAGCUCAUCUCCGAAGUACUCUCGUCCAUGAAUUGACCGCUAUAGAUGGUCGAAGGUUUUUAGCCUGUCGGUCGAUCAAUUAAUAAAUUGUUCCAUGGAGAAUUUAGACCUAGCUAGCGUUUGUGUUGUAUGCAAUGUGUUAGUGUCUGCCCAUCGAUCAAUUGAUUGGUGAAUGGAAGAUCCAAGUUAGAUGUUGGAGUUGAGACUUAGCUUUUGCGCUAUACAUGCAAGCAUGCAUGCAUGGCCCCGCGCAAAUAAAGCUAUUUUCACUCGGUCUGGAUA